GAUUUCUUUACCCUCCUAAUCAUUAAUCACACGACCUAAAAAAAUUAUUCAAACAAAAGAUAUCGAUUUUUGAUAAAUUAAAAAAUUACAUCUUGUAAACCUUACAUCCCAAAGGAUUGAGGAGCAGGAUUUUAAGUAAGAAUUUCAGAGUGUUGUUGAUCACUGAGAAGAUUAUUGGGAGGAGAGAGUGUCAAUUCUUUCCCCAGUGGGAGAGGAAGCCCAGAAUCCAAGUUCAAAAAUUUCCACCACUGAAGCAAGCGGCUUUUUUCGAAUCAUGGCGGAGGCGCCGCAGCCGAUGACCCAUCAAUUAAUGUGGAAUUCCGGCGAGGAGUCAUCGUCAUCGGCAGCUACGCUGCUGGUUCGGCAUCUCCCGGAGGCCAUUCCUCACGAUACUCUUACCCGACUCUUUUCUCACUACGGCGCCUCUUCUGUCCGCCCCUUUUCUCAUGGACGGGUGAAAAAUUGCGCUUUUGUUGAUUUCAAGGAUGGAAUGUCAGCAUACCAAGCCCAGAAGCAGCUACAUGGGUUACGAUUUCUUGGUAAAGUCAUGUCUGUAGAGAGAGCUAGUAAAGUUGUUGAGGGGACUAAGCAACAAGAUAAUGAAAGAGAGGUUAGGAAGGAUGCUUCCUCUAUGGUGAAAGAUGCUUCUGCUCCUAGCCAUCACUAUACCGGGAGUAUUUCACAUGCUAGCGAACCAAUUGCACAAAAACUCGGUAUCGAAUAUCCAUUUCCACCCCACCUUGAAUAUGCAUAUCCACCACCUGACGGUAACAUCCUCACAAACAUUGUAAAUGCUCUUAUUGCAGUUCCCCGAUUUUACACUCAGGUUUUACAUUUGAUGAACAAAAUGAAUAUUCCCGCUCCAUUCCGGAAGGCAUUACCUACUCCACCUCUUCCAGAAUUUCCAUCAGCACCACCACCUCCUCCUCCACCACCCAUGGAGUCUAACAUGGAAUAUUUGUCUAGUAGUGAGUCAGAAAUGGAGUCUUCAGAUGAGGAAGUCGGACGAGAGGCUAGACCUAAUCGAAAGCGUGCCAGGCGACAAGCAAUUGUUGGACCUGCUGUUGACAAGGAUGUGGCUCAUGAGGCUGUUGGAUUGAAAGAAGUUGCAUUAGUUCCCAAGGAGAAGCCUAUAAUAAAAAAGAAAAACCCUGUGUUGCAGAUAAGAAUAACACAGAAGCAGAAUCAACCUGAGCUACAGGAAUAUGACUCUGCAAAGGAGUUGCAAGAACCAAUCCCUGAAUCUUCUGCUCGGGAAACUUUUGCAACUUUAGAGGAACUAAAUAGUGGAAAAUUGCCUCCAGAGGAAAUCUUGUCACUCCCAAAAUUUAAGAAUUAUACUGCUGGUGAUCCUACUCCUGUGUUGUACAUCAAGAACUUGGCCAAAGAUGUGGUUGUUGAUGACUUCUACUUUAUAUUUGGAUCAUUUUUCGGGAGCGUUGAUGCUGCCAAGUCCAAUCUUAUUGUGAAGUUAAUGCAGGAAGGAAGAAUGAGGGGCCAAGCUUUCAUCACAUUCCCAACAGUCGAGCUUGCUCGAAAUGCUCUGAGCGCGGUAAAUGGUUACGUAUUUAAAGGAAAGGCAGUGGUGAUUCAAUUUGGGAGGAGUCCGGCCGCUGCUGCUAAACUCAGCUAGUGUUUGGGUUUGGUUUUUGUAGUUGAUAGUUUGAAUUUGGAUUGAGCAUAGCAGUUUUUGUUACUAGCUAUGUAUAUAUAGAUUGAUUGUCUGCAAUGAACAGUAUUUGAUCUUCUCAA